AUGGCGGCGUACACGGUCCCUGCAGCUGUCAGAUGCUCAAUAAAUGUUUUACUAAAAGGCACUGUUCUGACCUCAAAGAUCAUUUUCAGACCGCCAGCCAUUUGCACUGGAAAAGGUUACACUAGUUGGAGGACAUGCAGUUCAUCUGCACCAUCCUGCUCCUCCGAGUCUCCAGCAGCAGAUAUCUGUGGACACUAUGAUCGCCUGGUUCAGUGCGGCUCCCUGAGGGAAGAUGCUCAGCAGAGAGAAGUUCUCCAGCUGCUGGCUCAGCUGCAGCACACUCUGAAGAACUACAGUAACAGCAUGUACUUGAACGCAUCUCCAAAAGAUGACAUCAGUCAACUUCCAAAAGAUAAAAACUCCCAUUUAACAACAGAUGAAAACAAAGGGGAAGGAUCUUCUGCUAAGGACAAACCUGUGCUGCCACCACCACCACCCAAAGGCUUCUACAUCUAUGGAGAUGUUGGCACAGGGAAGACCAUGCUCAUGGACAUGUUUUACUCCCGUGUGGAAAACACCCGUAAAAAGAGAGUCCACUUCAACGGCUUCAUGUUGGACAUUCACAAAAGGAUCCAUCGGAGGAAACAAAGCCUGCCAAAACGAAGGCUAGGGAAAAUGUUCACCUAUGACCCCAUAUCACCGGUUGCCAUGGAGAUCAGCAGUGAAACCUGCCUCUUGUGUUUUGACGAGUUUCAGGUGACCGACAUUGCUGAUGCCAUGAUCCUGAAGCAGCUGUUCGAGACGCUGUUCAAGACCGGAGUGGUGGUGGUGGCCACCUCCAACAGACCUCCUGAUGAUCUGUACAAAAACGGACUUCAGAGGGACACCUUCCUACCUUUCAUCGACGUGCUGAAGGAAUACUGCCACACUAUCUGCCUUGACUCUAGGAUUGACUACAGGAGGUUGGACAGCUCUGCAGUGGGGAAACUCUACUACCUCACACGGGAGCCUGGUGCGGAGGCCUUCUUGGAUGCGCUUUUUGAGGAGCUGGCCUUAAGUCAAAAGAGUGUUACGGGCCCUCGGUCGCUCACAGUGUUGGGUAGAGAUGUGACUCUGGAAAAAACCUGUGGCUCCAUCGCAGACUGUACAUUUGACGAGCUGUGUGGCAGACCUCUGGGUGCCAGUGACUACCUGGAAAUGGCGCGGCACUUUGACACCGUAUUCAUUCGCCAUGUUCCCCUGUUGACUCUGACCCUGAAGGACCAGGCCAGACGCUUCACCACCCUCAUAGACAACUUCUACGAUAACAAGGUGAGAGUGGUGCUGCUAGCAGCCUCUCCUUUGGAGCAGCUAUUUGUCCACACUGGAGGGGACGAUGAGAGGGACAGACAACUCCUGGAUGAUCUGGGACUCAGCGGGGAGGCGGCGGAGCGCCUGACUCUGUUCACAGCUGAGGAGGAGAUCUUUUCUUUCCAGAGGACCGUCUCCAGACUGAUGGAGAUGCAAACAGAGUCAUACUGGAUGAAGGCAGACCGCAGUCACAACAAAAAACACAAGAACACCUAACAUCCACUGCUGACUACCUCAUAAUUAAAUAUACCUCCAGACAACACAGUACCUCACCAACUACUCACACGCCACAAGAGAAGUUCCUAACUAAUAAUUAAAAAGACUGCAAUACAUCCAUAAAAGCAGAAAAGUAAAUAUCUAACAAAACUAGACGCCUGUUUUCAAUCUGACAUCUCCUCAUCUUAUGCAUGUGUGUUAUACUCGUUUACUGUUUGCUCCUCUUCUGAGAGGUGUGCUCUCUCCCCCUUGUGGACUAUUUAUUUUAAAGAAUAUGAAAACCUCUCCAACAUGUGUGAACCGCAAGGCAAACAGGUGCUCACUUCAGAGAGGAAGGGAGACAAGUGUCCCUCAGAAUAGCUGGCUACCGCCCUCUAGUGGGCAAAUGUGAAAAAGGCUCAAUAUUCUCAAUGAAACACUAUCAGUCUCUGUGCAGUUUUCAAUGACUCAA